AUUCAUCUUCAGAAUGGGUAUCUCUCGAGAUAAAUGGCAUAAGCGGCUCAAGUCUGGUGGUCGCAGACCCCAGCCACGAAAGAAGCGAAAGCAUGAAAUGGGCCGCCCCCCAGCACAGACCAAGAUGGGACCCAAAAGAAUCCACAUUGUUCGAACAAGGGGAGGUAACAGUAAACACAGGGCUUUACGUCUAGAGAACUGUAAUGUAAACUGGUCUACACAAGGCAUCACCAGAAAAACUAGAAUUGUAGAUGUUGUGUAUAAUGCCAGUAGUAAUGAACUUGUUCGAACCAAAACUUUAGUUAAAAGUGCCGUCAUUCAAGUCGACGCCAACCCCUUCCGACAGUGGUUCGAGAAUCAUUUUGGUCUGCCUGUUAUUCCACGAAAGAAAAAUUUGAAAAAGGGUGGUAAGAAAGAUGAUGAUAAAAAGAAAGAAAAGAAAGAGAAAAAAGAUAAACCAGUCGCCAAGAAAUUAUCUAAAGAACUUUUAUUUAAACGUCGUCAAAAUCGUAAAAAACUGUUUAAAGUUGAACCUUCACUUCAAGAACAGUUCCGAAAUGGUAGACUUAUAGUAAAAAUCUCGUCUCGGCCAGGAAACUGUGGAAGAUGUGAUGGUUACGUUGUCGAGGGAAAAGAACUGGAAUUCUAUUUGAAGAAAGUCAAAUCCAAGAAAAGGAAUUAGACUUUGUAAAAUCUACAUGUAAUAAAAAAAAAUCUCUUGAAA